AUGGCCGAACAAGACCUCAACCUCCCGCUCGUGUGGAUUGAUUGCGAGAUGACGGGUCUUGACUUGGAGAACGACGUGAUGAUCGAAAUCUUCUGCAUAAUCACGAAUGGAGAUCUUGACGUGGUAGACGAAGAAGGCUGGGGAGUAGUCGUGCAUCAAUCGAAGGAGACGAUGGAUAAAAUGGAUGAAUGGUGUACGAAGACGCACGGCGAAAGUGGUCUGACCCAAGCUGUCCUUGAUUCGAAAACGACUCCCGAACAAGCUGCCACCGACCUCCUCUCCUAUAUCCAGAAAUACGUUCCAGAACCAAGAAAGGCAUUGUUGGCUGGAAACACGGUCCAUGCUGAUAAGGCGUUCCUGCGGAAACAACCGUACAAGAAAGUGCAUGAUCAUUUCCACCAUCGCAUUUUGGAUGUGAGCACUAUCAAGGAGGCUGCGAUACGCUGGUCCUCACAUGAGGUAUUGAAGGAGGUACCGAAAAAGAAGAAUCUGCACACUGCAAGGGAGGAUAUCCUGGAAUCCAUCGCGGAAGCAAAAUACUAUAAGCAUGCCAUAUUUCAGCAUGCAGAAACAACGAAAGAAACAUGA